CCCCCGCCGCCACCAUCGACACCCGUUCCCACAUCUCCAACCUCGAACGCGUUCUCCUCAGAUCCACUCCCCAUCCCCCCUCCCUCUUCCCCGUCCUCCACAACGACGACCAACACCGCCACAACCCGAAACCCUCCGCCGCGAACGACGGCGGCCUCCUCAACGCUCUGAAUCUAUCCUCUCUGUUUUCUUCCGUUCGGAGCUCCGUUACCGCCGCCGAUGAGGUUUCCCCUCGUAGCCUCGCUCAACUCCAGCGACUCCUCUCCGAUUCCUCCCGCCCAUCUCCAAAAACCUCGAUCGCGUCCAGGUGGCGGCUCCUCCAUGGCUCCCGCAACUGGUCCGGUCUCCUCGACCCCCUUGAUGAGAAUCUCCGUCGAGAACUCGUCCGCUACGGCGAUCUCGUACAGGCGGCGUACCGCAUAUUCCACUCUAAUCCAUCCGCCUCCCCUUCUCGUCCCCGCCACAUGGUCCUCCCCGAUCGCAACUACCGCGCCACCAGAAGCCUCUUCGCCACCUCCUCCGUCGAAAUCCCCAGCUGGCUUAACCACGCCGCAUCCUCCGCUCCUCCGUGGAUGACCCAAUCAUCCUCCUGGAUCGGCUUCGUUGCCGUCUGCGAUAACGAACGCGAGAUCGCCCGUAUGGGCCGCCGCGACAUCGUCGUCGCCCUUCGCGGCACCGCUACCGCUCUUGAAUGGGCCGAGAAUCUCCGCACAACUCUCCACCCCAUGCCCGAUUCCCCCUCUGCGAAGAUCUCCUCUGGUUUCAUGAACCUUUACAAAUCAUCCCCUGGCUCAACUACUCCAAGCCUUUCCACCGCGAUCGUCAACGAAAUCCGCCGUCUCGUUGCCCAGUACGCCGGUGAGGAGCUAAGCAUUACGAUCACCGGACAUAGCCUCGGCGCAGCCCUCGCUAUUCUCAUCGCCGACGAACUAGCGGACGAAAUUGAAAACGCGCCGCCGAUCGCCGUAGUAUCCUUCGGCGGUCCCCGCGUGGGAAACCGCGAAUUCGCCGAUAGGGUUGAGAAGAAAGGAGUGAAGGUUCUUCGUGUUGUGAACACGAACGAUCUGGUUACUAGGGUUCCGGCCGGGGAUCACCGCGGCGAAAAAGAAAAGGGGAACUGGUUGCGUUCGCACCUGCUGGAUGGGUUGGAGGGUUAUGCGCACGUGGGAACGGAGUUGCGUGUGGAUAAUCGGGAUUCGCCGUACCUUAAACCCAACGCUGACCCGGCUUGCUGUCACGACCUGGAGGCUUACCUGCAUCUAGUUGAUGGGUUUAUGGGGACUGGCUGCCCGUUCCGGUCUAAUGCGAAGAGGAGUUUGGCCCGGUUGCUGAGCCAGCAACGACCCAAUGUGAAGAAGAUCUAUGUGAACCGGGUUUGGUCUCUUGGGGCGGUCGAGUCGGGCCGUGGGGCCGUCGAGGUUCACCAUGGUUGUCUUGUUAGCCCCUCUGGAUAAACCGCAGAGGACUAUAUUAGUUAAUAAGGAUUGUAAAUUAUGUUUAAGGAAUCAUGGAAUUAAGUUACGGAUAUUAUUGAAUUAUAGUUUGGCAAUUUUUGAUAUGGGCAUUUACAUAAAUACCACCAAUUUUU